AUAUAGCAAAUCACUGACUCAAGAUCUCUCUAGACUCCAUUAGUUUGGAGUUACCAGUGACAUUGCCAAGAAUAGGUGGACACUACACAUUUUCUUAAUUGGCUCUAUAAUUACCAAAAAUUUCAGACUCUUUCUUCUUCUUCACCAACAACUAAAGAUGGCAGAAGAGGUGAUUCUUUUGGAUUACUGGUCGAGCAUGUUUGGGAUGAGGACAAGGAUUGCUCUAGAGGAGAAAGGAGUGAAAUAUGAAUACAGAGAAGAAGACCUGAGUAACAAGAGCCCUUUGCUUCUUGAAAUGAACCCUAUUCACAUGAAGAUUCCUGUUUUGAUUCACAAAGGCAAACCGAUCUGCGAAUCCAUCAUCCAGGUACAGUACAUCGACGAAGUCUGGCCUGACGCAAACCCCAUUCUCCCUUCUGAUCCUUACCAGAGAGCUCAGGCGAGAUUCUGGUCAGAUUACAUUGACAAGAAGACGGCCGGACCGUGCAAGGCUUUACAGAGAGAAACAGGGGAGAAACAAGAGACAGCAAAGAUGGAGUUCAUGGAAGUACUCAAGACCCUUGACUCCGAGCUCGGAGACAAAUCUUUCUUUGGAGGAAACGUGUUUGGGCUCGUGGACAUUGCCUUUAUCGGAUUCUAUAGUUGGUUUCGUACGUACGAGGUGGUAGCAAACUUCAGCAUCGUAGCAGAGUUUCCUAAGCUAAUUGCUUGGGCAGAGAGGUGUUUGAAAAGAGAGAGUGUGGCUAAGGUCUUGCCCGACUCAGAUAAGGUGCUUAAGUCAGUCUCUGACUAUCGGAAGAAUAUUUUAGGAAUCAACUAGAUUCAUCUCCAGAACGUUCCAUGAUAUGUUAUAUUUUGCUUUGUUCUUUUUUUCAUGUUGUUUCCUUCUGGUUUCGAAAUCUGGUGUGUUUGAGAUUCAAAAAUAAAUUUGAAACUUAAAUAAUGUUCUUUCUU